GUUUGACAUCUACAGGAAGGUGCCAAAAGACCUUACACAGCCAACCUACACAGGGGCUAUUAUUUCUGUCUGCUGCUGUCUUUUUAUACUGUUUCUUUUCCUGUCUGAGCUCACCGGAUUCAUAGCCACUGAAAUAGUUAAUGAGCUCUAUGUGGAUGAUCCAGACAAAGACAGUGGAGGUAAAAUAGAAGUGAAUCUAAACAUCAGUUUGCCAAACCUGCACUGUGAAUUAGUUGGACUAGACAUCCAAGAUGAAAUGGGAAGGCAUGAAGUGGGUCAUAUUGACAACUCAAUGAAGAUACCUCUCAAUAAUGGGGAUGGCUGCAGGUUUGAGGGCCAUUUCAGCAUCAACAAGGUCCCUGGUAACUUUCACGUGUCAACGCACAGUGCCACUGCGCAGCCUCAGAAUCCUGACAUGACUCACGUUAUCCAUAAGCUCUCAUUUGGGGACAAGUUACAGGUCCAUAACGUUCAUGGAGCAUUCAAUGCCUUGGAGGGAGCAGACAAACUCAGCUCAAAUCCUCUUGCAUCUCAUGAUUACAUAUUGAAGAUAGUCCCGACGGUGUACGAAGACAUGAGCGGCAAGCAGCGAUACUCAUACCAAUAUACUGUAGCAAAUAAGGAGUACGUAGCCUACAGUCACACUGGCCGCAUUAUCCCAGCUAUCUGGUUUCGGUAUGAUUUGAGCCCCAUCACAGUGAAAUACACAGAGAGACGACAGCCUUUGUACAGGUUUAUCACAUCGAUAUGUGCCAUCAUUGGAGGAACAUUUACUGUAGCUGGGAUCCUUGACUCCUGCAUUUUCACAGCAUCAGAGGCCUGGAAGAAGAUCCAGCUGGGGAAAAUGCAGUAGCAGUGAAACUCUACCUUAGUCUCCAAGGACAGGAGCAAAGAUUGAGAAAUCUACCACUACCUGUUUUUGUCUUUAUUUUCUAUUUGAUUGAAUCAGUAGGUUUUUCUCUAAUCAGGCUGUUCAGUGAAGACCUCUUCAACAAAUCAAAGGAAUCUCCAUGCAUUUCAGAGCUCUGAGAGUGAAAAAUCAAUGGAAUCAGGGCAUGGAUGUCGAUUCUCUCCCCCCAGAAAGAGGUUGAAAUGCCAUAUAUGACAUACAUCGCCAGAUCUAAGUAAGGAUGACAAUCUGUUCUCUGGGAGGUUCCUAUGGCAGUGUACAAACUAGGUAGUAGCUUGAAAAGAAUUGAGCUGUCUUGUGGCACUUUUUGGAAUUCUGUUGGAUUUGCAUGAUUAGACAAUCGACUUUUGUAUAAGGCAAAAAUUAUACAUUAGGAAGAAAUUCCACCUGUGGUGCCAAAAAGGUGAUGAUGUAUCUGUUGGUGAGGAAUGGAAAAUGUUAGUCCCUGUAGCAAACUUUAGAGACAGAGGCCAGAAAUAUCAGGAAACGUUUUGUGCUUUUAUUGAAAGCUCUUUUGUUCAGAUAUGACCUUUCUAAUUAAAUGAGCAAACAAGAAGAGGGAGCCUUCCCCCAGCUACCUUUUCCUGGGUAAUCUGUGAUCCAGGCAGUGGAGGGCUUUUCUUUUACUCUGAAUGUAAAAGUGGUUUCAUUUCUUCCCAGAAACUGAAUAUCCAGUCUUGUGUUUACAGGUGGCAUGAAGUAAAAAAAACCAAACUGAGCAACACAGUUUUAUGUGGCCUUUGCUUUGAAAGGGAAUAGUUGUCUUUACAGCAUUAGCUUUUAUUCUUCUGAGUG